AUGUCCUUGACACCCUGGUUCUCCUGUGGUCUCUGGCCCUUCGCCACUAUGGGCUGGCCGAACAAGACUGCUGCCCCAACGCCCUCCUCGAGACCGGUUGGGACAUUCUUCCCUUCUGGGUCGCCAGAAGCCACCAAGCCUAUCUUUGAGGCCAACUCUGAUGCUGCUGCCAAGCUUUCCGCCCAAAACACCCUCUAG